CAAAAGGUCGGCGUGGCCCGCUCUCACGCUUCUCUCUGGCGCGCGUCAGGCGACAGGUGUCCUCCUGGCUAUACAGGUGUUCUCUUCAGUCGGCCAGUGGUGGUCAGCGGCGCGCAUUCGUGCGUGCGUGCGUGCAUGCCUGCGUGCGUGCGUGCAUGCGUGCGUGCAUGCGUGCUCUCUCCGCGUUCCGUUCCGUUCCGUACCGUACCACUCGUACGUCUCGUGGCGCGAGAGGAAGGAACUUCUUGGCUUUCCUCUUCUUCUUUCGCGUGGUGCGCGGCCCCGCGAGUUCCGUUCCGUUUCGCGGGCGAGACUUUUUCCUCCAACGAGAAAGUGAUAUACCGCGCGCGCGGAGAACGAUGAGAAGAAAUGCGGCGGCGCGACGCCGUGUGUCGGAGCUCUGAAUAAUGACUCGGCCGAGGCGCAAAGUCAUCGACUCGGGAAUACCGAGAAGAAGAGAGAGGAGCGAUCUACGCGCACGCCCGACCGAUGGAAGGAUGGACUCGCGUUCCACUGGGAUAUUAUGUUAAUCGCCUUUUACGGUCAGAAUGAGGGAGGAAGAGCUCGAGAUAUCACUCAAGGUGGUGAUAGUGGGCAACGGCGCCGUAGGGAAGUCGUCGAUGAUUCAAAGGUUUUGCAAAGGUACAUAUACGAGGGACUACAAGAAGACGAUCGGCGUCGACUUCCUAGAGCGUGAGAUCGAAGUCGACAGUGAGGAUGUAAGACUGAUGCUGUGGGAUACUGCAGGGCAGGAAGAAUUUGACGCAAUAACCGCGGCUUAUUAUCGCGGCGCCCAUGCCUGUGUCCUCGCUUAUUCGGCGACCGAUAGAGAUUCUUUCGAUGCUAUUCCCACGUGGAAGCUCAAGGUCGAGAACGAGUGCGGAGAAAUACCCACAGUCCUGGUGCAAAAUAAAAUUGAUCUCGUCGACCAGAACGUGAUCGACCCGGACGAAGCCGAGAGGCUCGGCCGCGCCUUAGGCUGCAAACUCCUGCGGACGUCCGUGAAGGAGGACAUCGGCGUGAUGAGCGUCUUCCGACACUUGGCGUCCCGAUGCCUGCACGAGAUGCGUCGCUGUGACGAUGACUACCAGGACGAUCUGAGAUUAUAUUCGGCGGAGCCUAGGUCUCCUUCCGUCAUCAGUGCAUUUAGUCCGGAUGGCUCAAUGUGCGGUCGUAACGCCGGUAAUGGAACGAUAAUCCUUCGGCCCGGCGGCAAAACGAAGAGUCAUAAAAAACGAAAUUUUGUGAAAAACGCAUGUAGACUCUUGUAGCUAUUUUCUCGUAGUGUACGUUAGGAUAACGUUACAUCGCGCUCCGAGUGUUGUACGAAUAUGUCAAAGGUACGGGUGUCUUGUAAAUAUAUAUAGUUUAUUCUCUGAGAAGGCGUAAACGGACGGUGAUUUACAGUGUCCGAUAGUGCAAGUCUAUUGUAUUCUAAUUAACGGCCUACAACGGUUUCAAACACAUAGUACGCAUAACAUUUGGGAAACUCAUUAAACGCAAUAGAAAUAAUCACCAUAAUUAUGCUCAUAACGUUUUUAACCAAAUGGUUGUAGAUUAUGUAAGGUACGGAAGAAGAUUAAUCGCAAAAUAUUAACUGCAGCUGUGCGUACCCGCAAAUGCGGAAUGGGAAUAGUAACGUAACACGAAUAUGACGCGUAAAUUUGUAAAUAUCUCGCCAUAUUAUAUUAAUCUUUAAAUUGCAUCGCAUCCAAGGACCAAAUUAUCAAAUUAAGAUUUUAAUGUCGAUAUGAACGUAGCGUUAAAUAACGACGGUAAUAGUAAUUUAAUUAGUAUUAUUUACAGAUUAGCGCGUCGAUAUUACUUAUAUCCAAAUCCAAAAUAUAAUAACUUAAGAUCAAGUUUGAUUUUGCAAAAUUUGAAAAUCAACAAACUAAAAAUGCAUUCCAAACACGUAUUGUGAUUUAAGGCUUUUGUUUCUCCUAUUGUACUGAACUACUAUGCUAAAAAUGAAAAAUCAUAUGCAUUUCUUUUUUCUUUCACAUGUCUCACUUCUGACGUCAUUAAAUUAGAUUAUAGUGAGAAAGUGAAAGCCUUAAACACAAACAAGUUAGUGUAAACUAUGAUUUUCUAAGACAAUAAUAUAUUACAAUAAGUUACUUAAUAACUAAUGUAAUAUUUUUACUUAUUUGUAAUAUUACAGAACACAAUAAAAUCUCUGUACAUUUUGCUAAAAA